AUGCCUGGACUUAACCAAACCAUUCCGCGGCCGGACGCGAGGGAGCUCCUCCCACCCCUACUCGCCUGCCUGUCGACAGCAACCGCUUCCAAAGAAGUACCCCCGGGUCUUCUUCCCCUCCUCUCGCCCAUUCUUCGUCAGCGAGUCCAGCUUCUUUCCUCGAGCGAAUGGCUGCCUCUGCUGUGCUGGGACCCAGAAGUUGCGUCACGGCUUCCAGAAGCCAUUGCCAGGAUAAGCGUCGAGCCACACCCGUCUUCGGGCGAGAUCGAGGUCGAGGAGCCAGACAAGAUACUCUACCGGCGGUCAGAUGCCGAGACACUGCAUGCGAGGCUGGUGCUAGGCGAAUACGGAAUCAUACCGACCUAUCUGUGGUGCACAGGUGGCGAAGGGGGAAGCCGUUGGCUACUGGCUGAGCUACGAGGAAUCGCAGACGCCGAAGACGGCACAGAGUGGUUCGAGAGCACCAACGAGGCAGACGAGGCAGGCUUCCGGCGGAAAUCCAGCUUUGUGAAGAGCAACGGUGUCAAACUGCAGCCAGAGGCCGUCCAGCCAGAACCAGCGGUCGAGGAAGAGGAAGACGAUGGCUCGUACUGGGCUGCGUACGACCAGACUCCGGGGCAAACACCGCAGACAAGGCGCUCUCCUGCGCCUGCAAACACUGGCCGAACCCAAGUAGGCCCUACGCAAUCCGAGCUCGAGUAUUUCGCGCGCUAUGCCUCUGAAGUGCAGCCAGCGCUUGACGCCCACGACCCUGACGAAGAGAGCCCGGCGGCGGGAGAGACUACGCUGAACGGCAACACCCUGGACUAUGCUCGUGCGCCCCAAACAGAGCCUCUCGAUACGUCCAAUCUUGGUCCCAAUGGCUACGAUUCCUCGAUGCCACCAGCAUAUAGAAACGGACUCAUCACCGGCGACGGCAUUCACGGCAACGACAGCGCCGUACACCUUGGCACCAUCGGCCAGGACCAGAACACGGUCGACGUGCUAAACCACCCCCGGCCCGCUUCGUCGGCUUCCAGUAACUCGAUCGAGAGGCUUGAGCAGAGGGCAGAGAGCAACAGUCAGGCAGAACUGGCGAUCAAGCAGCACAUCAGCACGGAUAUCAAGAGCCUGUUUCGCCUAGCGAGGGCUUCGGGGAUCGACCGAGAGGAGUUUGAGAGAAUCAUACAACGAGAACUCGAGGUGUUGCCCAUGCUUGAGCAGGAGUAG